UUGCAGGAAUGUGGAGCAGACUGUGCUAAGUUCCAGAAGAGCGAAUUGGAGCACAAAUUCAACAAGAAGGCUUUAGAAAGGCCCUAUACCUCUGAGCACUCCUGGGGAAAGACCUACGGGGAGCACAAGCGCCACUUGGAGUUUAGUCAUGACCAGUAUAGAGAGCUAAAGAAGUACGCAGAGGAUAUUGGCAUUUUCUUCACAGCUUCUGGCAUGGAUGAGAUGGCUGUGGAAUUUCUACAUGAACUGGAUGUUCCGUUUUUCAAAGUAGGAUCAGGAGAUACAAACAAUUUUCCAUAUUUGGAAAAGACUGCAAAGAAAGGUCGUCCGAUGGUGAUUUCCAGCGGGAUGCAGUCGAUGAACACAAUGCGUCAGGUCUACCAGAUUGUGAAGCCCAUCAAUCCAAACUUCUGCUUCCUGCAGUGCACCAGUGCAUACCCACUUCAGCCAGAGGAUGUCAAUCUCCGCGUUAUCUCGGCAUAUCAGUCAGCUUUUCCUGAUAUCCCCAUCGGCUAUUCGGGGCACGAAACUGGCAUAGCCAUUUCAGUGGCAGCUGUUGCUAUGGGUGCUAAAGUAGUGGAGCGCCAUGUGACUCUGGACAAAACGUGGAAAGGAAGUGACCACCAAGCAUCCCUGGAGCCAGAUGAACUGGUGGAGUUAGUGAAAGCCAUCCGUACGGUGGAAAAAGCUAUGGGUUCUCCAGUCAAACAGCUCUUGCCCUGUGAAAUGGCUUGCAAUGAAAAGCUGGGAAAGUCUGUUGUGGCAAAAGUGACGAUUCCUGAAGGGACAGUACUGACACUUGACAUGCUGACAGUGAAGGUGGGAGAGCCUAAGGGAUUUCCCCCAGAAGCCGUCUUUGAGCUGGUGGGCCAGAAGGUUAAAAGAACUAUUGAAGAAGAUGAAACCAUCACUGAGCAAGCAGUGGAAAAUUACGUAAAAAAAGGGAAGUGCUAAACCAAAGCAUUCAGUUCCAUAGAUCAUGAUACAGCACUACUCACAACAUAAAUUUAAGUAUAGCAGCACGGUAGAUUGUAAGAAAGACAAGUAAUUAUGAGGAUCCAAACGGGGCAGAAUUUUAAGGUUCUCAUUAGCAGAAAGUUUCUGAAGCAAGUGGUAUAAAUUAUGAAGAGCAGUUUUAUUA